AGAAUAUUAUAGAGUUUAUUUUUCAAUAUGGAGGCUUCAAGGGAUUCUCCUCUUAGAUGAAUGCCCAUUCUCACGUGUUUUAGAGGUAAGAAUAUUAUAGAGUUUAUUUUUCAAUAUGGAGGCUUCAAGGGAUUGUCCUCUUAUUGGAGAUGAAUGCCCCUGCUCACGUGUGCCUAUAGAACGCUGUACACACGGGCAGUCAGCAGCGGUAUCCCCGAGAGACAGCCCUACUGUCCCUCUACUCCAGGCACCAUGCGGUAUUACAACCACUGCCGAGACUCCUCCUACUAAUGACCAACAAGCUCUAGUCCCGCCCCGCAACAGCCUAUUGGUCGCCGUCCGUCACGUCCAGCAUCGCGAUUGGCUGCCCUUAGCUGUCCGUCUUCCGGUCCUUUCGUAGGCCCUAAUGCCUGCCUAAGUUGUGCCGUGCUUGGGACGGGAGUUGAGCCGGUGAUAGGUGUCCGUGCAGAGCGGGGAGAGCCGGGACGACGGGCGGGAAGCUUCUUCUGGACGUGUACACUAGACGAGUCCGGUUCAGGCGGGACCCCCGGUGAGACGAGGAUGAACGCUGAGAUCGCGGUGCUGGCACGAUAGUGGUCUCCACACCCCCCAGGCCUGCCCCAGUCGUCGACAUGCUGAUAGAGAAUGUGGAUGCCUUCAAGACGUGGCUGGCCAAGUUACUGGAGCCCAUAUGUGAUGCUGACCCUUCAGCUUUAGCAAACUAUGUUAUUGCUUUGGUACGAAAGGACAAACCGGAAAAGGAGUUAAAGGCCAUAUGCGCUGACCAGCUGGAUGUUUUCCUACAGAAAGAAACAAAUGUCUUUGUGGAUAAACUAUUUGAAAGUUUGCACACCAAAAGCUAUCUUCCCCCUGAGGAAACCAUAAAAGAGGAAGAAAAGGAGGAGAUACCGGACAAGCGCCAUGCGCCUGUGGUUGGAACAGGACAGCUUCAAGAGAGCUAUGAAGAGGAAAGAGAACUGAGAAAAAAGAAGCCCCCAAGCCCUCAAAGAAAUCGCUCAGCAUCUGCUGAGAGAAGGACAAGAGAGAAAAAGAGGGAGGAUGGCAAAUGGAGGGACUAUGACAGACAUAGAGAAAAGUACGAUUGGAGAAGAAGUAAAAGUCCUCUCAAAAACAGGUCGACAAAUCGUAGUAGGAGCCGCAGCAGAGGAAGAAGCAGGGACCGUGAAUCUACCAGAAGUAGAGAUCACCGGGAGAGGUCGAAGUUUGAGUCUGAAAGAAGCGACGUGGAGCCGCCUGCCUACGCUCCAGCCUCGCAGGCAGCAAGCAUCUCCAAUGAGCAGCAGUAUUCCUCUGGUGGGCAGGCUAUCCCCAGUACUGUGACUGUCAUCGCACCUGCUCACCACCCUGAGAGCACAACAGAGAUAUGGUCCAAUUACUAUAACAACCACAACCCGCCCAGCUUUGCUAGAAACCCACCCCCGAAACGACGCUGCAGAGAUUACGAUGAACGUGGAUACUGUGUUCUUGGUGACCUCUGCCAGUUUGACCAUGGGAAUGACCCCUUGGUGGUUGAUGAAGUUUCAUUGCCCAGCAUGAUUCCUUUCCCUCCUCCCCCUGGACUUCCACCGCCUGGUAUUUUAAUGCCUCCCAUACCUGCCCCAGCACACAAUAUGAGAAUGCCGGUCCCACGUCCGAUCACCCAGCCCCCUCCUGCUGUCCAUCCUGCUCCACGGCUUCCAUUAACGCAUUCAGGCUUUGUAAAUAACCGUGAACAGCAAGGAACAAGUACUGUGCCCAGUCUUGCACCAGUAGGGGGAAGGCUACCUCCUCCAUUACCUCCUCAGAAUCUGCUUUACUCUGUUUCAGAACAUACGUAUGAGCCUGAUGGGUACAAUCCUGAAGCACCUAGUCUUACAAACACUGGUAGAACUGGAUACCGGCAGUUCUUCACACGGGCCCAGACGCAGAGGCCAAAUUUAAUCGGGCUGACAUCUUGUGACAUGGACUCUGCACCACGAGCUGCUAAUAUUGUCAUACAAACGGAGCCACAAGCUUCUACACCUGUAUAUAGUAACCUCAACAGAGUAGUGGUAGAGCCGGAUAGGAAACGAGCACUUGGAAAUACAAAUGAUGGGCCUUUCGCUAAGAAACCGUGGAUGGACAAACAAGGUAACAACAACCAUAAUAAACUUGGUUUUGGGAAGAAGAUUCAGUACACGAAUACCAAACUUGAAGUCCGAAAAAUUCCUCCGGACCUAAACAACAUUACCAAAUUGAACGAGCACUUCAGUAAAUUUGGUACCAUAGUUAAUAUUCAGGUUGCUUUCCAAGGCGAUCCAGAAGGUGCGCUCAUCCAGUACUCCUCCAAUGAAGAAGCCAGGAGAGCGAUCUCCAGCACAGAAGCAGUUUUAAACAAUCGGUUUAUUCGAGUUCUUUGGCACAGGGAAAAUAAUGAGCAACAGGGUUCUCAGCAGCAUCUGACUCCCCAUCAUCUAACGCACACUGUACCCACCACACAGUCAUCUGUUCCUGCACCUGGACAAGCUCACCUGCAGAAGACAAUGUCCAAACCUCUCACCCAGGGUUCCUAUGUCCUCAAUAAACUACCUGCAAAACAUCGGCUUGGACCAGUCACCAGUCAGUCUGAUUCAACUUUUGUGGCUUCUAACCAGAACAACUCAGGAGAAGAACCUGGGACCCUGCCACCUGCCUCCAAAAUGGUUUACAACUCUGCCGGCUCAAAAGUAGCAAAUAAGAACCCAGCAGGAUCCAAACCUGUAGAUGUGCAGGAUCCACUGAAGAAAAAACAGGAAGCCUUGAAGCUCCAACAAGACAUGAGAAAGAAGAAACAAGAAAUGUUAGAAAAGCAAAUUGAAUAUCAGAAGAUGUUGAUAUCAAAGCUAGAGAAAAACAAGAGCAUGAAAGCAGAAGAGAGGACAGAGAUAAUGAAAACUCUGAAAGAACUAGAUGAGAAAAUCUCUCAGGUCAAGGAUGACUUAAAGACAUUAGCUGCUCCAUCUAAGGUCAAGUCUAAGAUUGAGGCUCAGAAAGAGCUUCUAGACGCAGAGAUGGAUUUCCACAAACGACUUUCCUCAGGAGAAGACACAACAGAGUUGAGGAAAAAGCUCAACCAGUUGCAAGUUGAGGCUGCUCGAUUAGGUAUCUUACCUGCUGGACGGGGGAAAACUGUCCCAAUGCAGACCAGGGGCAGAGGACGUGGACGAGGAGGAAGGGGAAGGGGCUCACUGAAUCACAUGGUUGUGGAUCAUCGUCCCAAAACAAUAUCUGUGGCAGGCUUUUAUGAGAAAGAAAAAGAAGAGUUGUUACAACACUUUGCUAAAUUUGGUGAUAUUGACGACUUGAAGGAAGAAGAGUUUCCACCGACUGUCAUUUUAACAUUCAAGACAAGGCAAGAGGCUGAAAAUGCUGCUAACCAAGGUUCGAAAUUUAAAGGUCGAAAGCUUAUAGUAUGUUGGCACAAACCGAAGACUCCUUCCUUAUCCAUAGAGGUUGAAGAAGAGGAACCUAAGGAAGAGGAAGCAGAGACUUCAGAUACAUUUCUUCAUGAAGACGAUGAUGAGGAUGAGGAUGAAGAUGAAUCUCGUUCUUGGCGAAGAUGAAAGCACCAAUGAAAAAACAGAAAUGUACAUAAGUUAAUUUUUUUAAGAUGUGUUUACUGACAUUUUUACUAUAGAAACCUGAGGAAGAAAGAAAAGAAGUGUGAACCCAAAUGAGCCAAUAAUUUUCUCCUUGUCACGGGAAGUAAAUAUCUUGAUUGUGUAAAUUCACUACGUUUAAUGCUUUUCUAUGAAAGCCAAAGGCUAUAGACUGUUUGUGUUUAUGUUUUUUAUUUUUCAUUUUAAUAUACAUGAUCCUACAUGGAGAGUAGGGUGAGAAAUAUUUUUGGAAAUCUUUAAAGCUCUUUUUUUUUUUUUAUUACUAUACAUCUACCAACUUUUGAGCAGAUUCUCAGUAACAGAAGUAUUUAUGCCACACAUCCCAUAAAGCACAGCUGCAAAUUAACGUUUUGACCAAUAAUCUUAAGAACCAACUGGUUAAUAUUAAAAGAAUACCUAUAAAAUGUUCACCCAUACUAUUGCUACCACAGGUACCUAAGGAUUUGAAGUGGAAACUAAUAACCUGACAACUUGUGCCAAAUUUGGCUUUCUGUAUUGCUGUAUGAUUUCUAUGCUAUUAUGUACUUGGAAAACAAUUUAGGAUCUGAGUGCACUUUUUUUUUUCUUUGUACAUAUCUGCCAAAGCAUUCUUUGCCAUAAUUGACAUAAAAUCAAUGAUGCAGAUGGUGUGCUUAGCAUAGCAUAUACUGGCUAUUUCCCAGUUCUGUAUCAUCUAGGAGAUCUCAAUUAUCUUGUCAGAUAUCUCAUAGGAAACAAGUAUACCUAGGCCGAAUUAGCUAAAGUCCCAGGUUUAAGUGUCUUAGUCAGAUAAGUCUUUGCAUGUUGUUUGGAUGAUUUAAACCCUUCUGCCCCCCAUAAAAUAUGCUGGUUGUCAUAGUUUUAAAGAGAACCUGUCCUAAGGUUUAAACACAGUUUAAAGGCUGAUAUUGCACUACUUCUAUUGGAUUACCAAAUCACAUUAGCAACCCCUAAAAAGCGAUAUGCAGUGUAGAGGUUAAGCUUGUGUGACAGACUCCUCCAAUCUGUGAUAGAGUAAAGACUUUUUCCACGGCUUAUUCUCGGUUGGGUGAACGUUCAUAAGAACGCAUGUUCCCCUUAGCUGGCCCAUGUAAAAGGGCCAGCAAGGAACUCUUUUGUGUGUCAAAUGAAACGUUUGCCAUCUGCCGCACAUUAUGUAAAUGGAAUAUGUGGCUGGCAGUGAUGAAUUUAAAAGGCCACAUGAACGAUUAAGCCUUGGGAAGGCCCGGAGAAAAAGAACUGUGGGUGAUCGGUGCCUGUUAUCUGUCUAAAAGGUCCUGUUCAUAACCUGUUAAGCCGUUUAGUGAGUACGCUGCUUUGGCGGCCAGCACAUACAUUAUAGUGAAUCCUUUUUGAGAGGACCAUCUAAAAUAGCAUUGAAAAGGUCUUCUAGGUUAGGUGGUACUCUAAAAAAAAAAAAAAAAAAAAAAAAAUGCUCACUAUGCAUAGUAGAGAUCACAAAAUGUGGUCUUCUGAAAGAGGUGGCCAUUUGAAGAUGUUUCACUGUAAAUGUAUCUGCAGAACCCGACUUACUUGACCAAAGCCAAAAAAAGGCUUUUGGGCAAUUAUACCUAUACAGCUGUAUGUAUUGGUGUGUACUCAUUUACAUGUGUUGCAAGGUUUUAACAUGAUAUGAACAGGUCCUAAAGCUUUGAAAGAAUUUAAUUAAUAGAAUGUUUGUUUUUAAGGGUAUGAAAUAUGCACAUGGAGUAAACAUUUCACUUCAAUCUCAUUUAAUGUAGCCAGCUCCAAACCAAGACAUGUGCCUUGUAAGUUUACAGUACAAGCUAGUAAAUGAAAAUGUUAUAUAACUGGCUUAAUUUGCGAACUUUUUUUGCGCUAGUUUUCAUUGCUUGAUUUUUGGAAGCUUUUUUUUUUUUUUCUUUUUUGAAAACUGCAGUCACUGCCAGGCCCUUGCAGGCAACAUUGGUAAUGUCUUGAAAUCUUUAUAUAUGAUAAAAGACUAGGGAAGGGGACAAAAGAUAUAGAUAUAUAUAUAUAUAUAUAUUAUGUACAGAUGUUUUCUUAAGAUGUAUAAUUUUGUACAUAACUAUCUCCUUUCUCUGUACUAACAGAGCAUUUAAAUUGAUGCCCAAAAAGUUUUAUUUUUCUAUCAGCCGUAGGGAGAGAGGAGACCAACCAAAUAAUUUUCAGAAAGCAGCAAGUUCUAAGUUGUGUCCACAGCUACAGCAAGCUAAAUAUGUGUCACAAAUGAUCCUGUAGUUUCCAUAUAAACCUUUUACGGCUUAUGAUUUGUUCUUUAUUCUUGUUUAACGGUUUAUAGUAGAUUGAAUUGUAAACUAUUUUACAUGUCCAUGAAAGGCUAUACCAACAAGUCAGUCUCUUGAUCCUAUGGUAGGAUCAUGUGUUGCUAAAAUGUGACAUGUUUUUAAGGAGUUAAUUAAAGGGGUAUUCCGGGCAAACACAUCUUAUCCCCUAUUGAAAGGAUAGGGGAUAAGAUGUCUGAUCCGGGGGGGGGCGCCGCUGCGUCUUGCAGUUUUGGAAACCGCCGGGCUUCCGAGACGGGGACGUGACGUCACGCUCCCUCCAUUCAUGUCUUAUCCCCUAUCCUUUCUAUAGGGGAUAAGAUGUUUUUGUCUGGAAUACCCCUUUAAGGACCUCUUAUGCAGAGUCCUAGGCCCUCUAUCUAUCAAGGGUUAAGAUGUCUUACUGUGUUGCUACUGCUUUAAGCAUAUUACUGUAUUCAUAGCAUUGAAAGCCUACACCAGUGUGGCAUGAAAAAAGUUUCUUGGCCCUUGUAAACAAAUGGUCCAUAUGUGUGCGCACACAGACCUUCAUUUAAUGUGUGCCACAAUUGCAGUUUAGAGUGCCUUGCAAAAAAAAAAUCAGCAUUCUACAAUACAGGCUUUGGGUAAUGUAAAAGGUACACUUUCAGUAAAUUGGGGAAAAAUUAGGUAAAACUUCCAACCCCAAAUUAUUUUUAUUGCCAUCAUAAAAUGCUUUCUAGUCUUCCUGUUUGUUUCAUCUAUUGGUACUUAGUGAAAGAUAAAUGAUAAAAUGUUUGAUAAAAAUAUUGCAGAGAAUAUAUGCUAAAGGUUAGUAAGUGACUGACUGUCCCAGUUCUGAUGGCUGUUCAUUAUACAGUUCCAUGCUGGGACCAAAUGUGUAAAUCCAAAGACAGCCUUAACUGAUAUGUUUGACUCAAACCAUUUUCCACAUGGAACUGUGUUUAGGCAGCCGAAGGCCAAAUGUACAAAUGCUGUUUUGGAACAGUAACCAAAAGCACGAGGGAGUCAUAACUGGCAUAAGCUGUAUUACCAGACACAAUUAUAUCUGCAUCGGGCACUUUCUCAAGCCAUACACUUAGAAUGCAUUGUCUAUUAUUCCAGCCUAUUUAAUAUGAACUUAAAAAACAAAAACAUAUAUAU